AUGAUCGAGCUCAUCUCCGGUAGCAUGGACUUCACUCAACAGAAAACCAUGGUCAGACAUUUUCAUAGAGCACUUAGGGCGCUCAAAAAAAGCCCUGAGACUCUAAAAAGUCUUGACAACAUUCCUGGUCCAGCGAAAUUUGUUUAUCAGCGGCCAGGUCAGCUUGAGCCUGGUGUUGAAAUUAAACAGCUUUCGCAUAUCCAAAAAGGGCUUGACGAGCGCUUUUACAACCAGCACUUUCUUCCUUCAAAAAACUGGUGCAGAGACAAUGCUGUUAAUUGGGCGAAUAUGAAAGACUACUUGAAUAUGGAUUUGACUUCCCUUUCCUCAAAACAAAGAGCGGACAUGAAUGAUUCUUUGAAGCCUGAAGUGUUUGAUAGUGAGAGCGGCACAUUUCGAAUGCACCCUAGCCACCUCUUGGACUCUUCACUAAAGAUUGGUGACUUGGUUCUACUGCGGUCAGAUCCUUCACAGCUGUGCAUGUGUGUUGAAGUACCGACAGAGGUAACAAAUCCAAGUUAUGCAUUUGCAACUAUAGACGGACACAUCAGGUUUGGUGAGCGAAAUAUGAUACUUCUAAGGAUACCCUCUUUCCAUAAAGCAGCAGCAAAAUAUCUAAUCAAGGAAGAAGUUCCAUUUCUCAAUACACGCAUAGGAGCCGUAAAGGACAGCCCAGAAAAGACAUUCAUGCUCUCGAUUGUUGCGCGCCAGCUUUAUACCUCUUACGUUCCUUUCGAGAUAACGAAAGCAGCAUGGAACCGAAUGGGCGUAACAACCAAGAAACUGGAACUCUUACACAGGUUCCUACAGCGUUCUACAGGGCCUUGGCAAAUGUCAAUAUUCAAACUUUGUGAAUUGGUGGCACUAUUAGACAUUGAUAAGUGUCAGUCUUCUUCUACUGGCUCUUAUAUUGAGGGAAUCCUGAAAGAGGCUGGUAUGUUUAGGGACGCGCAUCCCAUAGAAUCUUUUUCAGGUCGAUCUCUUAAAAGCAUAGAUGCCUCUGACUUUUUAGCCACUUACUGGUCUUUGGUACAGCAACAGGAGCACAACCUAUGGGGCCAAAUUCAUUCACAUAGAGCAAUGUUAACACCUAUUUCUGUGACAGUGCUGCCACUAACGUCGCAUCAUCUUUACUACAAAGAAGUUUUGAAAGAACUCAAGAAAGAUAAUUACGCGGCUUUAGAAUCUUUCGCAAAGCUUAUCAACACAGGGGAACGUAAUUCUGCUAAACUACAGUACCCGCAAAUAAGUCGACUUUUGAGAGAUUACGCUGCAGGCAAUUUCCACAAUAAUGGGCCUAUAAUAACUAUUGUUUCAAAACUUUUCAGGAAACUAGAUAAAUAUCAAAACAACGACAUUACAAGGGACUUAUGUCAUGAGUUUCUACAAGAGCUAACUUGCGAGUCAAUUCCAAACCCACAGCUCUUAAGCAACGAAAUACGCUCGCCCUCGACCUCAGAAAGAGCAGUUCUGGAGCAGAAAAUAUAUGAUCUUGCAUUACCAAACCAAAAUGAUGAUAUAUCACGGCGCCACGACUUUGGGAAGAUGAAUGUUUAUUGCAUUGAUUCUGAGACAGCUCACGAAAUCGACGACGGCAUAUCUAUAGAGGCAACGGGCGAAAACGCCUACACCCUGCAUAUUCAUAUCGCAGACCCUGUUUCACUAUUUUCAAACUCGCAAGAGGGCUCUUUUUCGAAGGAAAUUUGGAACAUAGCUCUUCAGAGAGGCUUCACUUCUUACCUGCCUGAUUGUGUCACGCCAAUGCUUCCUAAAAGUUAUUCCAAAGCCGGCGACUUGGGAAAAGAUGGCAUUGCAUCAAAGACGCUUUCAUUCUCGGUUGAUAUCAGGUGCAGAAAGAACAACGUGGAGAUUCUUGAAGAAACUUUCAGUGUAAAAUUGGGGCUUGUUUCGCAGUUUCCUCGAGUUACGUACAAGGUCGUGGACAGGAUACUUGGCCUUGAACAAGACGCAAGUCAACAAACUCAAGAGCUGAGAACGUUGCACAAGAUUGCACUUUUGCUGCGUUCGAAGAGAGUAAAGGAGCAGAAUGCUAUAAUUUUUGGCGAGGGCUUCAAUCGGGGCCUUGUGAAACUCAUGCCAACCCAAACCAACACUGCAACCGCACUCAGCUUCGAAGACCAAGAAGAGACUGCAUCGACGGUUUUGGUGUCGGAAAUCAUGAUCUUGGCCAAUACCAUGGCGGGCAAGUUUUUCAGAGACAGGGGCAUCCCUGGCGUGUUUCGCUGUUAUAAAGGCCUCCAACUCAAGGAUAACGCACGCCAAGGUUACAACUCUUUGCGUGAUAUGAUGCACUCGCAGAAAUUCCCGUCUGCAAAGGACAUUGCUAAGCUCUCGUCUUUACUAAACUCGAGUUUUUAUAGCGCUCGAGCUGAGAAACAUGAAAUGAUUGGAGCACCUGCAUACCUUCCCGUAACGUCGCCCUUGAGACGUUUUGCAGACUUGGUGAAUCAUUGGCAGCUACACUGCUACCUCGCUGGGUUUCCCUUGAAGUUCUCAGAAGACCAGGUUUCAGACUUAGCAUGGCACAUACAGUCGCGAGACGUGGUUUUACGCAAGGCUGCGAGGGACUCGGCUUCCUUUUGGACUUUGGUGCAUUUGAAGUCUCAGCAAGAGCUCAACCCCUCUCGCCGACUCUCUGUUAUGGUCACCUCAGUUCCUCGACUCGGGGUGGUCCGAUGUGUCCUUCCGGAAUUGAGUACUGCUAGAGGCAUUCUUAAACUCAAGCCCGAAGCUUCGUCUACUGUCGCUAUCGGCGAUGUCGUGCAUAACUGUAGGAUCACCAGGCUUGACUGUUUAGACAGCAUUAUGGAGCUGGAAAUGCAGUGA